CAACCUACUAACAAUCCAAAGUAAUACUCGAUUAUAGUAUCUCACAUUAACCUUAAUGGGUCCCGAAGAACGCCUUAGGCUGCUUUUUGCGCGGGAUGAAGACCUCUUGAAGAUGGACACUGGCCGCCGUCAGGCAACCGAAUCUCGGCCCGUUGAUGACACUGGUGGCCCUCAGACAGAGCAUACCGAGAACCUGGGAAACAAGCCUUCAGCUACAACUACCCAGGACACAACUCAACCCACUCAGAUUGCGUCUCCUGAACUCCCUUCUCCACCCAAGCUCCCUGCUCCAGUCCCGGCAGGUGACUCUCAAUAUGAACACGUAUUUCCUCUCAACGGCCAGUUCAGCCCCCUUUUGGCUAUUGCCAAAUAUCCCUACAGACAUAUAAAAGGAUCCUUGAGCCAAGAGGUUUCCAGCCGCUUCUUCGACGCAGGUAAAUUCUGGAACCGCUCGUGGGAUGUUUAUUUUGUCCACGCACCAGCUUCUCUCGGAUCUAAGCCUGUACUCCUUACUCCCACCGAUGGAGUCAACUCCUUCUUGGAAGAGAUAAAUCGUGCUCUGAAGUGUGAAUUGUCGUUGCCAGCAGAUAUGUCCGCCGGGCUUGUCUUGUCUUUCAAAGAUGGGUAUCCUCAGCCUGUCUACCUCGGCCGCAGUACCACACGUGAGACCAAGGACCAGCUCGAGUUGCAAAUUCCUUCACCAUCAUCGGAGCACAACAGUUCUUCUGGAGACAUGGACGAGGAAUACGCUGCUUUCGAGACCAUGGUGGAAGCCGCUAUCGAGGCCACCAGGAACAAAAAGAAAUCUUCCAAGCAGAAACUGUUGAUGCGUGCGAUGAAAGAGCUUGAUAUGCAGCAGAUGGUUCGACGGAUGCAGUGCUACUUUGGUUUGCGUUCGAUGGAUGACAUUGAAGGGACAGCAGACAUGGGUGACUGGGAUACCCCGGGUACAGUGCCCACAGUGCAGCCGCUAGAUGCCACCAAGGCAGUACCGUAUCCUUUCUGGAGAGAGCCCGUGUUUAUCAGUAUCGACGUAGAGUCGAAUGAGCGCUGCCAUAGCCAGGUGACUGAGGUCGGAGUGUCAGUGUUGGACAUGCGGAGUCUGGUGGGGGUUCCGCCGGGCGUGAACGGCGAUCAGUGGCGGAGCCGUAUCCAGUCCCGGCAUCUACGAGUGAGAGAAUACGGCCAUAUCGUGAACCAUGAGUUCGUGUCGGGCUGUCCUGGCAUGUUUCAGUUCGGAGAGAGCGAAUGGGUGCUGCAACGAGACAUGGUGGACGUAGUGCGAUCAAGCCUGCGCUUGGGCGAUGCACUGGACCGUCGCCUCGUAUUGGUCGGCCACAAUCUUUCAGCAGAUGUCAAGUAUCUCAAGCAAGUUGGGGUGGAUGUGGGAGGGUUUCGUGACCAGAUCGACACAGCCCAGAUGUUUCGCAAGCUGCGGAAGGAAGAGUCGGUACGGUCGCUGGGAGGCGUGCUGGCGAAACUGGACCUAAAGGGCUGGUACUUGCACAAUGCCGGGAAUGAUGCGCGGUACACUAUGGAGGUUCUCGUCGCCAGCUUUAUGGGAGCGAGUGAGGAAGACUCAGCGUAGGGCUCAUACAUGC